GCUGUGACAGAUAGUGUCACAGGGUGCUGUGCAGCCCUGACACCUCUGACACUGGUGGCCUCAGUGUGUGUGAUGUGUCUCCAGCUGUCCUAGCGCCUGAGAAGGUGUGGUUCCUGGUGCCCUUCCCUUUGUGCUGGGAUUUAAUGGCUCUAGAGGAAACAGGAGGUCCGUGUUCAUGUAUGUGUGUGCGUGUCCAUUGAUUUUCAGGUGAGCAGGCUGUGCUGGGGGACCAGAUGCUGCCACUGAGUGACCUUCUUUAGACCUUUUCCCCAAGUGUUAGUGGAGACUUAGAGUGGGACCUGCCUUGUCUUGGGAGAGCAGAGCACCGUGAGCACUGAGCUCCCUGAUUCUGAGCUCAGGUCCCAUGUCAUGUUCCCUGCCUGGUCCUUUGUUACACAUGGUCUGGAGGUCUCAGGCUUCGUGCUGGCCUUCGAGUUUAUGCUGUCAGAUCUGGCUGAGGUGGUGCGCCAUGCUGAGAGGCCACUGGCCCAGGCACAGGUCAAGAGCUACCUGCAGAUGCUGCUGAAGGGCGUCGCCUUCUGCCAUGCCAGCAAUAUUGUGCAUCGGGACCUGAAACCUGCCAACCUGCUCAUCAGCGCCUCAGGCCAGCUCAAGAUAGCAGAUUUUGGCCUGGCCCGGGUCUUCUCCUCAGACGGCAGCCGCCUCUACACACACCAGGUGGCCACCAGGUGGUACCGAGCCCCCGAGCUCCUGUAUGGUGCCCGCCAGUAUGACCAGGGCGUCGACCUGUGGGCUGUGGGCUGCAUCAUGGGGGAGCUGUUGAAUGGGUCCCCCCUCUUCCCGGGUGAAAAUGACAUCGAACAGCUUUGCUGUGUGCAUCGCAUCUUGGGCACCCCCAGCCCUCAAGUCUGGCCGGUUUGCAGGGGCCCUUGGAGAUCACUGAGCUGCCCGACUACAACAAGAUCUCCUUUAAGGACAGGGCACCGGUGCCCCUGGAAGAGGUGCUGCCCGACGCCUCUGCUCAGGCCUUGGACCUGCUGGGCCAGUUCCUCCUCUACCCUCCUCGCCAGCGCAUCCCAGCCUCCCAGGUAGAGUAAGGCCAUGGUCUCUGCUUCUUCAGCUUUUCUCAUCCCCGCCAUUGCCCCAGUACUCUGUACUUGAUAGCUGUGUGACCCCCAUCAUGUCAGCAACCCUCAGAUCCUCUGAUGGGUGGGGAUGAGAACCAGGCAUCCCGGACACCUGCACUGUACCCAGAACCCCCAGGGGCCUCAGAGCAGGUGUGCCUCUCAUGAGCAGACUCCACUGGACAUCCCAGCGUUCCCCAAAAGGCUGCAGGAGAGCAGGGGCGACCUGUUAGAGGGGCAUGCCCAUCUCUCAGGAGAGCACAGGUCCAGGUGGGUGGGUCCUGGUCUGUCUCAGACCAUGUGGCAGAUACAGCAAGAGAGUUGUAGGGGACAUGCUCCUUUAUUCCUGCACCAAAUAUUUAUUGAGCAUCUGGCAUGUGCUGGGCAUUGUCCUGGGCCCUAGAAUAGACAGAGGAGCAGACCUGCCUCUCCCCCGUGUCGAGGCAGCUUCAGGCCCAGAGAGUCACAAGAGGGCCUGCCCCUUAUCUGUGGGAGCCCGAGAGGGAUGGCGGGGCCAACUGUGGGGUCUAGCAAGGCUUCCAGGAGGAAAGGCGGGUUUAAGCAUGAAGAGGUGUUUGAGGAGGUGUGCACCGAAGAGAGAAAUGGUGAGCAAUGGCCUGGAGAGGAGGCCCGGGAAGGUUGGUGUGGCUGGAGGCAGGGAAGGGCAGUGAGGAUGGCAGGAGCCACAGGCUGAUGGUGUCAGGGCCUCUCUCAGGCAUACCUGUCCCUCCAGCCUGAUGGCCACCAUUCCCAGCCACACUCGGCACCACGCAUGUCCUCUCAGUCCCCACUCAGCUCCCGUCAGUCUCAGUCAGCAGCUCCUGUGGGCUCUGCCUGCACAGUGCACCCAGCCGUCUGACCACUUCUCCCCCAGAUCGCCCCCAGCACCUGCGUCCCUCCUCCUCCAAUUGAUCUCCUCUCCACCUGGCAGGCAGUGGCCUUGUCCCAGCAAAGCUGGUCACAACGCUCCUCUGCCAGGGCCUUGCGGCUCCCUCUAACUCAGGAAAAGCCAAGGCCCUUCCGAUGGCCCACAGGAAUGGUGUCCUUGGGCACCAUCACUUCUUGACCCUGCCUGCUGGUGUCCCCCUUGCCCAUUCCUCUCCAGCCCCACAGCCUCGUCCAUGUCCUGGAACACACUGGGACACUCUCUGGGGUGGAGCGCUCUUCUCCAGGUAUCCUGGUGCCUGCUCACCUCUUGCAGGUCAUUGCUCAAAUGUACCCCGUCAGGUGGCCUUCCCUCACCACUCUUCAAAUCUGCAGCCUUUCUCCAGCAUUCCUCAUGCCUGUCUCUUGCUUUCUCUUUUCAACAGCACCAGUUGUUAUCUGACAUACUGUAUAUUUUACUCCAUUUUCUUGUUUAUUAUCUUCCCCCUG